GUCCCGCGGGGACGCGGAGCCCCAGAAGCCGCACUCCCGCCCUCGGCACACAAGCGCCCGCACCAUGCUCCCGCUGCUCCUCCUGCUCCUGCCCGCCGCCCACGGCAUAGCCCGGCUGGGGUACACGCCGGUCCUGACCACGGAGCCCCCGCUGGCGGGGCAGAAGACCACCUCCACCUUCGUGCUGGACCAGCCCCGCUGCGUCUUCAAUAACUACGGCAACGCUGACAUCUGGCUGGUGGUGGCCCUGGACGGGGCCAUAUCCAGCUUCAACAACACCGAUAGGCCGGGGUCUCCCGAGAUCGCUUUCCAGAGCUUCCCUAACCCCGCCCGUGCCUACAUGACCCUCAACGCCACCCUGGCCAACUACCCCUGCCCCAAACCCGCCGGGGACAUCACGGUGCUGCGCGUCGGCAGCGAGACGAGCUGCGCCCAGGAUGAGACGAGACCCACCUGCAACGGGCCCCUGCCCGGCCCCGGGCCCUACCGGGUGAAGUUCCUGGCCCUGGAGGGCUCUGUGCCCGUGGCUGAGACAGAGUGGUCGGCGCCAAUCAGGCUGCCCGAAGCCAAGUCACCCAACACCAUCUCCACGACGGGCAGCGGGCACAGCGCCGGCAUGAUCGCCAUCACCACCAUCCUCUCCAUCCUCUUCGCCAUCCUCCUGGCCGGACUGGUGGCCAUGCUCAUCUUCUGGAGCUCGGACUCCUGCAGCGGCAGCAGCACCUUCAGCAAGCCGGAGUCGGUGACGGUGCGGCGGUACAAUACCCACCACGUCUAUGACCAGCCCGCCGCCCGGCUCUGAGCCCCCCGCCCCCGGCUCUGAGCACCCUCCCCCGUGCGGGGGUCAGGGUGACCCGCUCCGUUCUGUCCCUGAGGGUGACACGGAGCCGCCGCCGCGGGGACACGGCCGGAGCCGCCGCCCGUGGGGACAGGGGCGACGGAGCGGGACAUUAAAGGCUUUUUCGCGU